CACUCUGUGGUCUGUAGUGCUUUAUUCUGCCUGGAAACAGCCAUGGAGCAGGGAGGAAGCCACGUGUACACAAAGGCACUGAUGGCCUACACCUUCACCCUGGCAGGGAAGGAGGAGAAGCACAGGGCACUGCUGGACUCGCUUGAUAAGGAAGCUGUGAAAGAGGAUGGCUCCAUUCACUGGCAGAGGCCCGGGAAGCAGCCAGAGGCUGAUCUCCCGUUCUAUCACCCCCGUGCUCCCUCCGCCGAGGUGGAGAUGACAUCCUACGUGCUCCUCGCUUACCUCCCCACGCGGCCGGCACCAUCCCAAGAAGACCUGUCAUUAGCAGCUCAAAUUGCAAAGUGGAUCAGCAAGCAGCAGAAUCCCAACAGGGGCUUUUCCUCCACCCAGGACACAGUGGUGGCACUCCAGGCCCUGUCCCGAUACGGAGCCUCUACUUACACCAAGAGCGGAGGAGCAUCCACAGUGACCCUGCAAUCCACAGGGAACUUUCAGACCCAGUUCCAGGUGGAUCACACGAACUGUCUGCUGCUCCAGCGUAUGGCACUGCCAGAGGUGCCAGGGGACUACAGCAUGGGGGUGACAGGAGAAGGAUGUGUCUACGUGCAGACCAGCCUGAGGUACAACGUGCUCCUCAAGCCGGAAGAGGCACCAUUCGCGCUGGAGGUGCACACGGUCCCCGAGACAUGUGACAGCCCCCAGGUCCACAGGACUUUUAGCAUUGCCAUAAACAUC